CUAACUUCAUGUCGUUGAAAUUUUACCUUGAUUUCUAAACGAAAAGGCUGAAAAAAAAAACAUAUCUUUUCGUAGCUAACUUCAGGCUCUUUUAAUUCCUCUUCAAAAAAGUGACCAAACAAAAUGUCUAAAAGAGGACGUGGAGGUUCCGCGGGAGCGAAGUUCCGCAUCUCACUGGGUCUCCCAGUGGGAGCAGUCAUCAACUGCGCCGACAACACAGGAGCCAAGAACCUGUACGUGAUUGCCGUGCAAGGUAUCAAGGGUCGCCUGAACAGAUUACCCGCCGCCGGAUCCGGUGACAUGAUCGUAGCCACAGUCAAGAAGGGUAAACCAGAACUCAGGAAAAAGGUAAUGCCGGCAGUGGUGAUCCGGCAGAGAAAACCGUUCAGAAGGCGGGACGGGGUGUUUAUAUACUUCGAGGACAAUGCGGGCGUCAUAGUGAACAACAAGGGCGAGAUGAAGGGGUCCGCCAUCACCGGCCCCGUGGCCAAGGAGUGCGCCGACCUGUGGCCCCGUAUCGCGUCCAACGCGAGCUCCAUAGCUUGAAGGAAUAAAUAGUUGUAUGACA